GGACUUGUUGCGCAGCUCCCGUCUGCUUGCCGAGUGUAAAUUCCGAGCCAGUGGAAGACGUGCAAGAGUUCAGCUGAAAGUCAGAAGCCUUCCCCGUCCUUACUGUACCUUUCAGUAUAUAAAGAGACAUUUCGACUCUCAACUUAAAACACCUGCCUGGGACAUUAGCCAGCCCCGAAUCCACUCCACUGGCCGACUGGAAAGACAACUCACCCCACCGUUGCUUGCACUGCACCAGUCACUCUUCACACAUGGAGACCCCUGUUGUUGCUGCCGCCAUCUUGAUUUUGGCCUUCGCAACCAUGGCAACCUCAGAAUACCCAAGAACUUGUGAACCCCUGGAAAAAACAGAUAAGAGACUCUGGAGUGGUGAGGCCCAGAACAUUUCAACUGCCUGCCAGAGCAACUACAGCAUGAACAGUUACGAGGUCCACAUUCUGAGCCUGGAGUUCACCGCUACGGACAGCAAUUCGUCUGAUAUGUUACUCAACCUGACUGCGAUGAAAUCAUCACAUCUGAUUGUCAGCAGCAAUGUCAGGAUUUCCAUCUACGUCAGUGCUUUGGAAAAUAAAGAGCACCUCAAUAUCAUAACAACCGAUCAGGUGUCCACAAAAGGUCAUGUAUCAGUCCUGAUGACCCUCCCUUCAAAUGCAGAGGAUCUCCUGAAAGGCGUCACAGCACUCUUCGGUGGCGUGACUUCUUCAACUUCGAUUAAAGAUCCAAAAUCUAUCAGUUUCUCUGGGGUACAAGCUAGUGGGACCACCCAGCCACCGACAGAACAAGCUAUUGCAGAUCUGAGCAUCUGCAAGCAGUUGGAGCGGAUGUCUUUUCAGAUGAACUUAUACACCUCCCCGGAUUACACAGCCCCUGUAGACGUCACCACCCACGUUCAGAUCGGCAAGCUCCUUUAUGCAGAGAUUUCCAGCAGCAUCACUCUGAGAGAGAUCCUUCUCCAUUUCAAAGUGACCAGCUGUUCAGUGUCUUCAGGCACUGACCAUAACAUGGUGUGGGAUCUGCCCUUCACUGAGGUGCCCUGCCCUCCGCAAGCCUGUCGCCACAGCACCAGACUGAGCCUCUCCCCCAUGGAGCCCCGAGAGCCGACCGCUGCCAACUGGGCCUUGGAGUGCUCCAUGAUGGUCUGGACCACUGAGAGUGAUCGCCCCGUACCAUGUGCAUAUUCUACGUCAGUGAAGCGAAACAUUGAACUUACGCCUCCGUCCUUACAUCCCGCACAUAACCAAAAAGACCAGGUACCUCUGACGAUGCAGCUGUUCAUCACCCCAGAUUUCAUGGAUCCGAUCGACCAGACGACCCGAAUUCCGAGGGACACGCCCAUUUACGCUGAGAUUUCCAGCAACACUCUGGGAGGAAUCGUUCUCCAGUUCAAAGUUACCAGCUGUUCAGCGGCUUUGGGGUUCCAUCUCGGCUUGGUGUGGGAUCUGCCCUUCACAGAGGUGCCCUGCCCUCCGCAAGCCUGUCGCCACAGCACCAGGCUCAGCCUCUCCCUAAUGGAGCUCCCAGAGCCAGCCGAUGCCAGCUGGGCCUUGGAGUGCUCCGCGCAGAUGUGCGCCAACAUGGAUAAUUUUACAUCUGGAUGUGUAAAUGUUGGCUCAGUGAGGAGAAACCUUAUGGUUGCCUCAUAUUUAUUUCCAACCAGUUUACCAUUUAUGGAAGACAGCCAAGCGCAUGUAUUCAGGGAGCGUAAAGACACAGGAGCCCCCUCUCUCUCUUUUCACCCAGACAUUGGGCCCAGCCAGCCCGCUCCGGAUAGCCAGAAAGACCAGGUACCUCUGCUGAUGCAGCUGUUCACCUCCACGGAUUUCAGCGAUCCGAUCGACCCGAUGACCCGGGUUCCGAGCGACAAGCCCCUUUAUGCUGAGGUUGCCUACCGCACGCUGGGCGACAUCAGCAUGUCCGUCUAUCUCCAAGUGACCACGUGCAUAGUGACCUCAAGGUCCAGCUGCGACGCCAGCCUGAGCCUGCCCUUCACCACCGAGCGCUGCCCGGCCAAAGUCUGCCCCCACAGCGUCCGGCUCGGCUUCUCCCUCCUGCCCCUCCAGCAUUUGCGCCCCAGCAGCUGGUUCCUGGAGUGUCCCGUCCAGAUGUGCUUCCCAGAGGGGAAUUAUCAAUGCAUAGAUGUUGGCUCCGUGAAGAGAAACUUAGAGAUCACCAGAGCAUCCUUAUCUCCAGCCAGGCAGUGUGUUGAUUUUGGUCCCUCUGCUGUCCUGGGGGUGGCUUUCGGGGGGUUCCUGACUGGCGUGGUCUUCGUGGGAAUUCUGUGGUUCAUCAGAACGCGUACUGGGUGUCCCCGUUUGCAAACCAAGCGGGACCCGGUCUCUGCCAUCCCACCCCCUUCUGAAAACAGCAGCGCCAAUGGCAGCAUCGAUAGCACCCAAAGCACCCCCACCAGCAGCAUGGCGUAGGGAGGCCCUCUCAGCUGGGUGCUGUCCACCACACCUCCUGUAGGAAGUGCGGGAGGUAGGGGCUGGAGAGGUAUGGUUAACUUUUGGGGGGAAAGUUCUGAUCUACCCUCCCAAAGUCAUCUCCCAGACCUCUUAGCAAAACAAGACAUGGGAAGUCAAGAGAAAGGUCUGCUUCAAGCAACAGGAAAAGCAAAGACUAUCCCCCAAGGACUAACAGGAAAUUUGUUACAUUCUUUUUAAUAAGCACUGGUGCUCCAAUAGCCACUCAAUAAGAUGUCUACAGAAAAAAGCCAAAGAUAGUCUGUCAGACAUUGUGCAGCACACUGUUUUGCCCUAUGGUGGCUUCCGUAGAUUUGGCAAGACAUUAGUAACUAUUUUGAAUAAUCUAGACACAGAGAUUUUAACUUCCUGUUUCCCAUCAGGAUGGUCCGUCAUCUUUAAAAAAGUUUUCUCUCGUGAUAUAUUUAUCUUCUGUGGGUUUACCACUUUCCAUGUAAUUAAGGUUGUCUGUUAUCAGACUGAAGGUCGUUUUGGAAAAGGCUACCUCUAACUUCUGCAUGAUUGUAACCAUAAUGCUUUCGUCUUGGUUGAUACCCUACAUGAGCCUUGUUGCGUUAGUCGCCUUAAGUUAGGCUGUCUUCCCUUGUUUUUUUGUGCCUCCACAUCAUCAUUGACGGAAAUUGCUGGGCAAUAUGUCGUAAAAAGGCACCCUUAGUGUCGACGAGAAUCGGAUGCCUUUAGUAGAAUCUUCUAUAAGUUGUUCUCCUCAAAUGCCAAAUAGAGAAGUAACCACAUAUUUUUUAAGAUGUUAUCAGAUAACAAAAAUAUUAAUCUCAGGUUACACUUUCUUGCCUUUUUUUUUAUAUUCGAGAGUGAUACAUGGCUAGUAUUUGACCAAAGUUGAAAUGAGAGACUGAAUGAAAAGUAAAUGUCUAUAUAUAUAUAUUGUUUUUGUGUCUUAUUGUCCAGAAAAUAUGAACUUAUGAGAUUUGUAUCCUCAGUUAAAUGUACUUUGUUCUUUGAUCUGGCUGGGAACAAAGAAAUUUUUCAACCCUGGUGAGGAUGUCGAGCACUACAAUAUACAUGACUUUUUUUUUUUUUUAAAUGUCAUAAACCUUUGCUGCAUUUCCUGGAAUUUCAAUUUUGGUAUCUUGACUCUUGCAUCUUGACUCUUUAGAUUUUUUUUUCCGAAUGACUUCUUAAUCGUUUUCUGAUUCUUUUCAGUAAGUACUGUACAGUUUGAAAAUUGAACAUUCACUUGAUGUAGCUUAACACAAGAUAUAUGUCACACGUAAAUGUUUUUCACUUAAUGUUGGUGUAUUGAGGUCGGGUGACACUUUACAUUGUGUUUCUCUUUCUAUAUGUGUAGUGUGUUGCGUGCAUGUGUGUGCGUGAGAAAAAAGAAGAAAGAUAGAUUUUGUGUGAACACAAGGUGUGGGCAAGUGGAGGGAAUAUUAGAUAAAUAUUUGCCACUUGAGUUGGUGCAAUAUUUUGAAGUAUACAUUUAUGUUACAUAGUAUUUCAAGUAUCUCCUAUUUCAUAAUAAUUUUAUUCCUGUGUUGUUAGUUACUUUCUUACUUGUAAUGGCUAUUCAAUGGUCUAAAUCAGUGUUUCCCAACCCAGUCCUUGGGGAACCCCGGACAGUCCAUGUUUUCGCUUCCUGUAAGCUCCCAGCCCACCUGUACCAGGGAACUGGGAAGGAGCAAAAAUGUGUACUGUCCGGGGUUCUCCAAGGACUGGGUUGGGAAACACUGGUCUAAAUCAUUUUGAGCUUAAUGCCAAAAUACAUGUGUCUUCUAAUGAAAAAUGUAACUGUCCCCACUUAGGACUGAUUGUGCAGCCGUGUGUCUGCUGUUAACCUUCUCUCCCAUUGUGUACUGUGGAGCCAUGAUCUGUGCUGUACAACAAAGAGCGAUUGCUGGUCAAAACUUGGCGGUUAACCUAGUCAUCUCUGACAGUCCGCAGUCCCUCUCUUGGGCCUGUUCAUCCAUACCCUCAAGAAGGGAGACUCACAGCAUAGAGUGGAGAUGAUCUGGUUGGCAUGGAAAUUUUUUGGCCUGGAGUGACAGACCUUCCUUGGGAAGGACGUCAAGACAGACAUUUGGAGGGGGGCUGAGGGGGUGAUUGAGAGGCACGUGGAGGGGGAGUCACACAAUCCAUCAGCCCAUUUGCUCCUCGUCACCGUGGCUCUCUUCUUGACCUCGGUCAAGUCUUUCACUCUGAGAGAUACUACAUCACCGGGCAAAUCACUAACUCUGCAUAAGAAGCACAAUUUUGCCUGUUUGUGUAACAGUAUCGUCUCGUGAGGAAAGGACACAGGGUGGAGGGCAGGGCCCCAAGACAUCGCUUGGGUGGUUUCAGGGAAGCGACACAGCUGACAGCUUUGGGACCCGUCCAAACAGUUUACAAGACGACCAGCGCUGAACCCCCCCCAGCCCGCUGCCCGGAGACAGCACCACACACAUCUCUGUCAGUGUAUUGUAUGUCUCUCCUUAUUUUAAGCAGGUGAGACAACGUUAUGUGCUGACCAGAGUGUGGAAUUUUCCAGACUUUUCUGGAAGGGAGGCUCUCUCUCUCUUCGUCACUGUUGUGUGUCUUCAGAAAUGCCCUUGCAAAGCCUUGCCUCACUCAUCGAUAAUUGCAAAUUCACUUUAUUUUGUAAAGGUGUCUUUUAUAUAAUUUUCAUUGUAUACAAACAGACAUAAAUAAACUAAUCUAAGUAC